CCUCCGCGCCAGCACGCUGGUGCCCAGUGUCCACCCUUAUCCGGCUGAGAGUUCUCCUUCCGCUCAGCGGACGCCGCGGGCAUGGACUAUUCGUACGACGAGGACCUGGACGAGCUGUGCCCCGUGUGUGGGGACAAGGUGUCGGGCUACCACUACGGGCUGCUCACGUGCGAGAGCUGCAAGGGCUUCUUCAAGCGCACGGUCCAGAACAACAAACAAUACACGUGCACCGAGAGUCAGAGCUGCAAAAUCGACAAGACGCAGCGUAAGCGCUGUCCCUUCUGCCGCUUCCAGAAGUGCCUGACCGUGGGCAUGCGCCUGGAAGCUGUGCGAGCUGAUCGAAUGAGGGGUGGACGGAACAAGUUUGGGCCCAUGUACAAGAGAGACCGGGCCUUGAAGCAGCAGAAGAAGGCACAGAUUCGGGCCAAUGGCUUCAAGCUGGAGAACGGACCGCCGAUGGGGGUGCCCCCGCCCCCCCCUCCCCCACCGGACUACAUGCUGCCCCCUAGCUUGCAUGCACAUGAGCCCAAAGCGCUGGUCUCUGGCCCACCCACUGGGCCGCUGGGUGACUUUGGAGCCCCAGCUCUGCCCAUGGCUGUGCCUAGUACCCAUGGGUCUCUGGCUGGCUACCUCUAUCCUGCCUUCUCUAACCACACCAUCAAAUCUGAGUACCCAGAGCCCUAUGCCAGCCCCCCUCCGCAGCCGGGACCACCCUACAGCUAUCCGGAACCCUUCCCGGGAGGGCCCAAUGUGCCAGAGUUCAUACUGCAGCUGCUGCAACUAGAGCCAGAGGAGGACCAGGUGCGCGCGCGCAUCGUGGGCUGUCUGCAGGAGCCAGCCAAAACCCGCUCUGACCAGCCGGCGCCCUUCAACCUCCUCUGCAGGAUGGCGGACCAGACCUUUAUCUCCAUUGUGGACUGGGCACGAAGAUGCAUGGUGUUUAAGGAGCUGGAGGUGGCUGACCAGAUAACACUGCUGCAGAACUGUUGGAGCGAGCUGCUGGUGUUUGACCACAUCUACCGCCAGGUCCAGUAUGGCAAGGAGGACAGUAUCCUGCUAAUUACUGGACAGGAGGUGGAGUUGAGCACAGUGGCCGUCCAGGCUGGCUCCCUGCUGCACAGCCUGGUGCUGCGGGCGCAGGAGUUGGUGCUGCAGCUGCACGCGCUGCAGCUGGACCGCCAGGAGUUCGUGUGUCUCAAGUUCCUCAUCCUCUUCAGCCUCGAUGUGAAGUUCCUGAAAAACCGUGGCCUGGUGAAGGAUGCCCAGGAGAAGGCCAAUGCCGCCCUGAUGGAUUACACCUUGUGCCACUACCCGCACUGCGGAGACAAGUUCCAGCAGUUGAUAUUGUGCCUGUUGGAGGUGCGGGCACUGAGCAUGAAGGCCAAGGAGUACCUGUACCACAAGCAUUUGGGCAACGAGAUGCCCCGCAACAACCUUCUCAUCGAGAUGCUACAGGCCAAGCAGACUUGAGCCUGGCGCCAGGCAGCGGGCAGUCGGCAGGCGUGCCACUGCCUCCAAAGGACUCAUUGCAUUAGGUGACCUGGGAGCUUUGUCCCUAGGCCCCUGCCCCUGAGCUCCAGAGCUGUGUGUUUGGGAUGAAGGGCAAGGAUGGGCAGGGACGCUGGGGUACGUUGCCUCCACCAGCCACCUGGCAUGUGUCUGCCACCCAGAGUGCCCCAAAGGGGUGGCUUCUAACCACUCCUUCAUCUGCCCCCAGCUUUUUUUCCUGGCAUCUGAGGUACAGAUCCCAGGAGAAGGCUUGGGUUUCCCUAAUGGGCCUGGAUGUCCCUUGGGUCAGAGGUCAUUCUUUCCCUCUCUCCUGUAAUCAGAGGCAAAGGAAAGUCUGUAGGUAUCAGUGAGGGCAGAGGAGGGGUCUCCAGACUCCCCUGAAGAAGGGAAGGAAGUCCACUGUUAUAAACUGAGUUUGCUACAUUGGGUCCCUAGAGGGUGCCAUGAUCGUGGGUAGGGCUAAAGAUCCCUGGCCAGCCCUCCACCCAUCUGAUUCUGAUCCAUUACCUGAAAAAGGACUUUGUUGUGAUCACCCUUCUCCCAGGUCCCAGCCACCCAGGGAAGAAGAGUCUGGUGUAGUCAACAUUCCAGUCCUAGCUCUGCCCACCCAGCUGUCUGGGCUGGUAGUUAUCCACCAGGUUGUAGCCAACAGGGGUCUUUUCCUCUCACCUAGACAGUCCUUGGAAAGUGCGUGAGAAAGGAACGGCAGGGGACAGAUUGAGCACUGAGCUGGGGUAUAGGGCUUAGCACCAAAGUUUUUUCUCCCGAAGUCUGUUCCAAGAGUCAGGGUGGCACCUGGUCAUCUUUACACAACCCACCUCACUCCUGAAAAGAGCUGUUGCUUGCCUUCUGCCCCAGCCCCACUGUGGGAGCAGCAGGAGGCCUGCAGGUGGGGAUAUGGGUGAAACUAGGAGAAUUCACGGAUCUUUCUUUAGAUGAGCUCAGUGCAGAGGACUCUCUCAUGGCUCCAUUUUUUUGGGUCCCUUGUCACAACCCUUGAAGCUGGGCUCAGUUCCCUGGCCUCUGCUUUGCGUCUGAAAGUCACUCUGCAGGGCCAGGCACUGGGGGGUGGGGGACCUAAGCUAUCCUCUGUUUCAGACUGGGCAUCCACUGUCCUUCCUGCUUUUCAUGUCAGAUUUACAGCUUAUGCUAGGUCUGCCCAUCUGGACAAGGCUGUCUCCUGUCUUCUAUCACCCUGGCUCAGACCCCACCUCUGCCCCUGAAAUGCGUGCCCCCGCCAAGGCCAGAGACCCUCAGCACUGACACAAGAAGUGCCCUUAUAAGCCCCUGCAGCCCUGCAGCCCUGAAAUAAAUUUUGCAAUUAGU